AUGUCCGCUGAUCACGUACUAGACAAGAAAGGUGAGACCAUCACGCAAGGGGACUACGUUCUCAUCAAGUCUCCAGGGGGUCAUCGGGAGGGUGAGGUUGACAAGAUCGUCACCGAUGAGACGGAAGCCCAAGCUGAAAGGGUCGUAGACCCGCCCAAGGCAAGUACCACUCUUCUCAGUUUCAGUUCCAGUCUCAGUUGCAUCGCGGGGCAUGAUCUGAUUACCAUCUCCUCGUAG